AUGGCCUCUUUAGAAGACAACCCAUCCCACGCCUCUUACUACUCCUCCGGCUUCUCCAACCGGAUAGGCUGGGGCUCCCGUCCCGCCCUCUUAUUGAUCGACGUCUGCACCGCUUACUGGACUCCCGGCAGCCCCUUAGAUAUCACAUCUAAUCCAGCGGGCAAUGCUUCGCCGGAGAGCAUGCGGAAAUUGCUUGCGGCGGCACGGAAAGGUGGAGUGCCGGUGUUGUGGACGCGGGUUGAGUACACAAGUAAGGAUAUGAGUGAUGCCGGGUUGUUUUAUAAGAAGGCAAAGGCGUUGAGUGUGUGGCAGGUUGGGGAUGAGAGAGGGCUGGAGGCGUGGGUUGAGGGGUUGGUGCCGGCGGAUGGGGAGGUGGUGGUGACGAAGAAGUAUCCGAGUGGAUUCUGGGGGACGACAUUGGGGACAAAUCUGACUGUGCUGGGCGUCGACACUCUUGUAAUCUGCGGCGUGAGUACGAGUGGGUGCAUUCGGGCAACGGUGUUGGAUGCCAUGCAGCAUGGGUAUAGACCGAUGAUUGUGGGAUCGGCGUGUGGUGACAGGACGGCGGCGAUUCACGAUGCGAAUAUGUUUGACAUGAAUGCGAAGAACGGUGAUGCGGUGAGUGAAGAGGAGGCGGUGGAGAAGCUGAGGGCUGGGUGGGGCACGAAAUGA